AAGUAUAUGUGUUUUCGAUAGAUUGAUAAAAGAAUAAUCUUGUGAAACAUAGCGGUCAAUUGUCUCUGAAGAAAUAAUCAAAUUAAUUUAAUCAGAUUAAAUUAGAAAAGAAAACGAAGUUCAUAUACACAUCUAUAUAAAUGUUCUUAUAAAACGAAAUGUUGUGUGCGGACUACAGGAAUAGCGGAAUAGAGGAAUAAAGGAAUAGAGGAAUACAGGAACAGAAGAAGGAAUAGAGGAAUAGCGGAAUAGCGACCGACCGGAAUACAUUUUGACAUGCUCCCUGACCACCCUUAGUCUUUAUGAGAACGGUAUAGGUGACCAAAGAGCUGAAGCAAUUGCGGAUGCACUAAAAUCCAAUCAGACUUUAACCCAUCUUUUUCUUCGAAUUAACCACAUAACUGAUCAAGGAGCUCAAGCAAUUGCUGAUGCACUAAACCACAAUCAGACUCUCACCACCCUUGAUGUUACAUAUAACUCAAUAUUUAAUCAAGGAGCUCAAGCAAUCGCGGAUGCACUUAAACACAAUCAGACGCUAACCACUCUUCCUUUUGGCUCACAGUGGGCCCAAUUUGAAGCAGCUCAAGCAAUCACUGGCGCACUGGAACACAACCAGACUCUCACCACUCUUAAUCUUCGAUAUAACAACACAGCUGAUCCAGGAGAUCAAGCAAUCGCUGAUACCAUAAAAGAGACUGAGACCCCUGCCGGUCUUCCAGUAUCAAGUAAUAAAGCAUCACAUAGCAGUCCAAGAGCUCAGUCAAUCGGUCAUGCACUGAAAUACAAUCACACUCUCACCACUCUUCGUCUUUCAUCUAACUACAUGGCUGCUGCAGGAGCUGAAACAAUCGCUGAUGGAUUGAAACACAAUCAGACUCUCACGACUCUUAAUCUUGGACACAACAACAUAGCUGAUCAAGGAGCUCAAGGCAUAGCUGAUGCACUGAAAUACAAUCACACUCUCACCACUCUUCAUCUUUCAUCUAUCGACAUGGCUGCUGAAGGAGGUCAAGCAAUCGCUGAUGGAUUGAAACACAAUCAGACUCUCACCACUCUUAAUCUUGGAUACAACAAGAUAGCUGAUCAAGGAGCUCAAGGCAUAGCUGAUGCACUGAAAUACAAUCAGACUCUCAUCGCUCUUAAUCUAGAAUGUAACGCGAUAGGUGAUGAAGGAGCUGAAGCAAUCGCUGCUGCGCUGAAGCACAAUCAGAUUCUCACCACUCUUGGUCUUCGAUGCAACAACAUUGGUGUUCAUGGCGCUCAAGCGAUCGCUGAUGCACUGAAGCACAAUCGGACUCUCACCACUCUUAAUGUUGCAUAUAACAAUAUAGCUGAUGAAGGAGCUAUGGCGAUGAUUGAUGCACUCCUACAGAAUGAGACUCUAACCCAUGUUGAUCUUGGGGAGAACAAUAUAAGCUUUGAGGCAGUGGAAUUCAUGGAUGUUGCACUGAAACACAAUCAGACUCUCAUCGCUCUUAAUCUAAAAUGUAACGUGAUAGGUGAUGAAGGAGCUGAAGCAAUCGCUGCUGCGCUAAAGUUCAAUCAUACUCUCACCACUUUAGAUCUAUCCAGAGACCGAAUAACUUCUGAAGGAGCUCAAGCAAUCGCUGAUGUGCUGAAGAACAAUCAGCCUCUCACCACUCUUGAUGUUGCAGGUAACUCAAUAUUUGAUCAAGGCGCUCAAGCAAUCGCAGAUGCACUGAAGCACAAUCGGACUCUCACCACUCUUGGUCUUGGAUACAACAACAUUGGUGUUCAAGGAUCUCAAAGAAUCUGUGAUGGACUUAAGCACAAUCGGACUCUCAGCAUUCUUAAUCUUGAACAUGACCAAUUUCGUCAUGAAGGUGCUGAGUCAUUUGCCGAUGCACUGAAAUACAAUCACACUCUCACCACUCUUGAUCUUUCAUUUAACGAGGUGACUGCUGAAGGAGGUCAAGCAAUCGCUGAUGCACUGAAACAUAAUCAGACUCUCACGACUCUUUGUCUUAAAAAUAACAGCAUAGGUGGUCAAGGAGCUCAAGCCAUAGCUGAUGCUCUGAAACACAAUCACGGUCUCACCACUCUUUAUCUUGGAUGUACCAAGCUAGCUGUUGUAGGGGCUCAAGCCAUGGCUGAUGCACUGAAACAUAGUCAGACUCUCACGACUCUUUAUCUUGAAGAUAACAGCAUAGGUGGUCAAGGAGCUGAAGCAAUCGCUGAUGCACUCACAGGGCAGGUUCAUCGAACCUGCAUACAGGCAAGCCUCGUGACUCACUCUCCCAUCUGCCAAUAUAAAGAAACAAAACAGUAA